AUGUUUGAUGAGCUCCUAGCAAGACUUGGUCCAAGAUGCACCAAACAAGACACCAUGUAUAGGAAGGCUAUGGAACCAGGGUUGAGGAUUGCAAUUACUAUGCGCCACCUAGCAACCGGUGACAAGUACGCCAGUAUGAAGUUUGGCUUCAGAGUUCCUCAUAACACCAUGUCUGUCCUAGUACGAGAAGUCUGCCAGGCCAUCGUAGAUGAGUACAAGGAGAAAGUCAUCAGCUGUCCAAUCUUCGCUGAAGAAGGGUGUGCCGUUGCUGAAAUGUUUGCACGUAGUUGGAACGUCCUUCAUGCCUGUGGAGCCCUUGAUGGAAAACAUGUUGCCUGCAGAAAGCCAGCGAACAUUGGAAGCCUUUAUCACAACUAUAAAGGCUUCUUUUCCAUUGUUUUAAUGGGCCUCGUUGAUGCAGACUAUAAGUUCCUCUGGAUAGAUGUUGGAGGGCACGGACACAUGUCAGAUUCACAGAUCUCCAAUGAUUUAGAGCUGAAGGAGUGCUUAGUAUAUGGAACUAUUUGUCUUCCUCCAGCAGACCCCCUACCAAAAGACGACAGGGACAUGCCAUAUUUAUUCCUGGCUGAUGAUGCAUUCGCGAUGCGGACCAACAUGAUGAAGUCUUACUCGAUGCGCAAGAUUACCAAAGGGCAAAGGAUCUACAACUACAGGAUAUCUAGAAGGCGUCGCGUUGUGGAGAAUGCCUUUGGCAUCCUUGCCCAAC